GUGGACUACUCUCACAGUUUCUUUCAGCGCCUCGUCCUGCCAGCCCUCAGAUGAUCCAGGCGGUUUCAGGAGAAAACGCUGCAGUCUGGUGUCGCUUCAAUCGCCCCGAAAACUUCACCCCUACAGCAUUGCACUGGACCGUUAACGACACCAAGGCUGUCCUCUUCUCUCGACAUAAAGGAUGGAUUGAUCCUGACGCAGCAGAUGCUCAAUACAAACACAGGACUUCUGUGAGCCUGGAGGACCUGGCCAGAGGAAUCCUGCUGGUGACCAUCUCCAAUGUGACUCCGUCUGACAGCGGAAACUACGAAGGUGUCGUAAUUGGAAAGCUUGCAGGCCACGACGACACUUUGGAGUUGAAGUGUUCUGUCGAAUUCAUCGUUGCACCCAGAGACGAGCAGACGAGGAACAAGAGAAACGACUCCAGCACAUCACCUGCCCCUCCAGCUGAAGGAGAUCCUGAUGCAGAGAAGAGGAACGAUGUCCGGAAAGCUGUCCUCCCCUGUGUCCUAAUUCUUGCUGCUGUCGUUGUCGUUGUCGUUGUCUCUUGGAAACGUAGAGUGAUCCAGGGAUGGAUGGAGACGCUCAGAGGAGGGAAGGACAGACAAACAGAGACGGUGGGGAAUGAAUGCGAAAAUAAAAAUCUGAACACGGACGCAGAAACUGGAGACCUGCAGAGAGACGAGUCAGAAACCUCUGUCUGAUAGUUACUAGGGAUGGGAAUUUGAAAGCAAAUGUAUAUUCGAAUAUUCGACCCCCAAAAGACGGUUAA